GACAGCGAGGCUACGGGUGCAGCUAUAGUGGCGGCCGCCCGGUCCCAGAUAGGAGUGCCCUAUUCAUGGGGUGGGGGCGGCUAUAAAGGCAAAUCCAAAGGCAUAGGUCGCGGGAAUAAUACCGUAGGCUUUGACUGCUCCGGACUGGCCCAGUAUGCCGUGUAUACGGGCACCGGCAAAAUCAUCGCGCGCAUAUCUAGACAACAGUAUAAGGACAGCCAAUGUAAACGCGUGGCCUAUGAUAGUCGUGAGCCUGGUGACUUAGUGUUUUUUGGUUCACCAGUGCACCAUGUUGCUAUUGUCAUUAAUGCUACCUUCAUGAUUGCAGCCCCACAUACGGGUGAUUACGUGAAAGAGCAGGUUAUUUAUGCCGAAGAGAGACAGCCAUUUGUUAGGCGUUGUUUUUGUGACUGCGACGCUACGGGUGCUGCUAUAGUGGCCGCCGCCCGAUCCCAAAUAGGAGUGCCCUAUUCAUGGGGUGGGGGCGGCUAUAAAGGCAAAUCAUUGGGCACCGGCUCGGGGGCCCAUACAGUGGGGUUUGAUUGCUCUGGACUGGCCCAGUAUGCCGUGUAUAAGGGCACUAACAAAAUCAUCUCGCGCACUUCCGGACUUCAGUAUACAGACAGCCAUUGCAAACGGGAGGCCUACGCCAAUCGUCAGCCUGGUGAUUUGGUGUUUUUUGGUUCGCCAGUUCACCAUGUUGCUAUUGUCUCGAGCGCUACCCAAAUGAUCGCAGCCCCACAAACCGGCGAUCACGUGAAAGAACAGGCUAUUUAUGCCGCAGAAAGACAGCCCUAUGUUGAACGUUGUGACUGCGAGGCUACGGGUGCAGCAAUUGUGGCGGCCGCCCGGUCCCAAAUAGGAGUGCCCUAUUCAUGGGGUGGGGGCGGCUAUAAAGGCAAAUCCAAAGGCAUAGACCAGGGCGCCCAUACAGUGGGCUUUGACUGCUCCGGACUGGCCCAGUAUGCCGUGUAUAAGGGCACCAACAAAAUCAUCUCGCGCACUUCCCAACUCCAGUAUAAGGACAGCCACUGUAAGCGUGUUACCUACUCCAGCCGUAAGCCUGGUGAUUUGGUGUUUUUUGGUUCACCACCCCACCAUGUUGCUAUUGUCUCGAGCGCUACCCACAUGAUCGCAGCCCCACAUACCGGCGAUCACGUGAAAGAGCAGGCGAUUUAUGCCACAGAGAGACAGCCAUAUGUUGAACGCUGCUAUUAA